AUGGCCGGCUUCUUCAUCUCGCGCACGUGGCGCACCCGCAAGCUCAUGCUGGGCCUGCUUCUUCUGGAGUUCGCCUUGACCGUGCCCGUGCUGACGCUGUUCGGCAUCGCGAAUCCAAACUUGUACCGCACCAAGCUAUGGCAGGAGGGCGGUGACUUGGGCUACAACAGCGCCCCCAACACCGUCCUGUACGCCAUGGCGAACUAUAGGCCCGUGAAGACACCCCUCGUUUGGAGCCAAUUUAUUACCUCGUGGAACCUUGUCAUCUCGGUGCUUUCAAUGUUCAUCAUGCUCUGCAAGAUCCCCAUGUUCAUAAUGCAUGUCUUCUACCCCAUCCUUUCGCUUCUCGUCCAUGCCCUCGAGAUUGCCUUGUAUGCCUACAGUGCAUAUGGCCAGUCCGGCAAGGAUACCAUCGACCCGAGGCGCCCCUCGACCGGGCUCCCCUGGUACAUUGGCAAGAGCUGCAGCGUGGCUACCACCUCGCAACUGAAGGGCUACUGCCUGCAAGCAAAGAGCGCAUUUGUGCUCACCUGCUUGAUGAUUGUACUAUUCGGCAUCUUCUUCAUCCUCGCUGUCCAUUCCAUGAUUCCUACCAAGGCCCAAAAAGAGCAGCAUGCCGAGAGAGUCCAAGCCAAGGCCGAGCGCAAGUCGAAAUUCGAAGCGAUGAAAGCCGAACUCGCCGCCGAAGCUGCAUCCAUUCAUCAGCAACAACUCCAGAUGACCAACGAACAAUACUGGAGCCAGCAGGGCCACCCGCUCUCACCGUCCUACGCGCCUACAUCGCCGUACGCUGCUCCGCAUACACCCUAUGGCCCGGCUAGCGCAACGUAUCCGCCGCGCUCUCCCUUUACCCCCGGUGGAGCGUAUGCGCAAUGGCAGCAGAACUACGGCAGUCCGCAAACUCCGCAGCCUGUGCACCCCGCACCAAUGACGCACUAUGGGCCGGAUGGUCAAGUGGACUGGAGCAAGCAGCAAUGGGAGAUGCAAAACUACCCCCAGCCGCCCGUGUCACCUGUUCACACAACUUCGCCCAGCCCUCCGCUACCAGCCCCGGCGCCGUAUCCGGCAACGCCGAGGACAAAGGCGUACAACUCCCUCAAUGGGAGCGGUGAUUUGCCAUUGAGGCAAGCGUAA